AUGCACAGCGGCAUGCCCCCGCUCCUGCUGUCCGUGGGGGCAUCUGAGGUGCUGCUGGGCGACGUGAUCAUGUCGGCGCAGGUCGCCGCGGCCGGUGGCGUGGAGGUCGUGGUGGACGUGUACGACGGCAUGUGGCACGACUUCCAGAUGUAUUCCGAGGGGUGCGGCGACAGCGAGGAGCUCUGGGAAGGCGUGCUGUCCAUACACCGCACGGCCCGCUUCAUCAGGGACAUCGUGCACACGGGGCACCCGCCUUGCGGUAAAGGGGUGCUGGGCGUCCCCCGGACCACGUGGCACAUGACGAGGCCGGGCACAAACUCCGACUGGGUGCCCGGCAACGGCAACCCCGACCGGUUCAUCUGCCCGCCCACAUACAAGGACACCAUGGUGCCCGAGUUCCAGAACGCCUCCAGUGUCGUCGCGAAGUCGGCCACGUCGGCGCGGCCCCGCGCGCCGACUGACCGGCGCACAUUUUGA